GAACUGUACCAAAAUAGAAUUAUCGAAAGCUUUGAAUAAUGAGAGCACUGGCGGCUGCACGGCCAUUGUUUUCCGAUUUGCCGAGUCGUCUUCGCUCAUGGCUUCCGCCUUCUUCUUCAAGCUUCAAGACGUUUUCUGCUUCUUCUUCGUCUCCUCCGUCGGAUUCGGACCUAAGGAAUCAGUCUCGCGGUGGCCUCCCUCGAUUCUUCUCUGAUGAUCUUCCAUCGCGCAAGGGUGGAAUGGUUCGUGUCCAAGGAUCUGAGUUUUGGCAUAUGGCAAAAGUUCUAAGAUUGAAAGCUGAAGACAGGGUAGAACUCUUUAAUGGCAAAGGAGGUUUGGUAGAAGGUUGUAUACAAAACAUAGACAAAACUGGAGUUGAUUUUGUCGCACAAGAAGAUCAGAAGGUGAUUCUUCCUCAGGGCAUCCAGUGGCAGGUGUUUGCAGCUUUUGGCACUUUGAAGGGUGGUCGAGCAGAUUGGCUAAUUGAGAAAUGUACAGAACUCGGAGCGAGUAGUGUCACACCACUUUUAACAGAAAGGUCUUCCAUAAUCUCCGAUAACCGGGUUGAUAGAUUGGAACGUGUUAGUUUUGCUGCGGCUAAACAAUGUCAAAGACUACAUCAAAUGGUGGUAAGCCCUGCGGUCAAAUUUAAUACCCUCUUGGAUCAUAUUUCCAAGUCAAAGUUAUGUUUGGUUGCUACAGCCGAAGCUACACCUCUUCUCAAUGCAGUACAAUCCUCGGCAAAAGAAUCUAGCGGACUAUUAAUUGUUGGACCAGAAGGAGAUUUCACGAAGAAAGAGGUGGAAAUGAUGUUGGAAGCAGGCGGCACAGCUGUUGGACUUGGACCACACCGGUUGCGAGUUGAGACGGCAACCAUUGCUCUUUUGGCCACUCUAGUGAUGUGGUCCGACUCUCAGGAGACGGACUAAAAGGUGGCUGGGCUUAAGUGUUUGUUGCCCUCUUGUACUGAGAUUUUAGUUUGUUAAGGUC